CGAAGGCCCUGGAUAUAAAUAUUUCAGUGUCACUAUUAUGCUCUUAGACAACCUACAAGUAUUCCUUGAAACAUACAUCUUUAACCUCUCAAAAAAAAUCCGUUUAUAAGCAAUCAACAUGCCUCAGGAGACACAACCCCAGCACAAAGAAGGAUUCAUGGAGAGAUUCUUCGAGCACCACCACCAUCAUCACGAUAAGGACAGCAAUGGCAACAGCAACAGUGAUCAAUCCAAAGCGCGGGAUCAGAAGCCUCAACAGAAGGAAAGCGAGAUGGACAAGCUCCGUGACUACUAUCACCGGGACGAGGAAUUGGAGGAGCAAGGGAAGACCUAUGGAGGAUUGAUGUGAUUAUUAUCAUUUCAUGCUAUUUUUUUUUUAACUAUUCUGAAUGAUAUAUGCACAUAUGUGAAAUUUGUCAAUAGUUGCAUGAUCGAAUAUUCUACCUGGUA